ACCAGCCAUCAUUCUCACACACACUCACUCUCACACACACAAACUCCCAGUAUGCAGCUGCUCGAACUCCUGAAACGCUUUGCAUGAGGUGGCCGUUUCUCUGGAAUCUUAUGAUCCUACAUAUUGAGUGUCCCCUCCUUCAGAGUGUGAGGGGGACGGGCUCCCCAGUGGUUACGGCUCUAGGGACUCCAUCCUCAGAGCCAGCACAGAGAGGGACUGGAAAAGACGAAAACGGGGGCAACUAGGGCGGCUUAACAGCUGCAGCAACUCCAGCGCUGAGGCUGGCAGAGAGAAGCAGCAGCCAACGUUUGGACUGAGUGGAGGUGCAGCCAUGCGCUGCUCCACCCUGCUCGCCAUCUUGACGGGGGUUCUUCUUUACUUGGUGCUGGGAGCUGUGGUGUUCCGUGCCCUGGAGGCUCCGCAGGAGGAGGGCGUGCACAUGAAGCUGCAGGACACACGCCGGGACUUCCUGCUGAACUUCUCCUGUGUCGACUCAGACAAGCUGGAGGUUCUUAUAGAGGAGGUGGUGGAGGCCACUGGAGCAGGUGUGGAUCCCAUAGGCAACGCUACAUUUGUCAGCAAAUGGGAUCUGGCCAGUGCCUUUUUUUUCUCAGGGACCAUUAUCACAACCAUCGGUUUUGGAAACAUUUCUCCCAAAACAGAAGGAGGGCAGCUGUUCUGCAUCUUCUAUGCCCUGGUGGGAAUCCCAAUGUUUGGUAUCCUGCUCGCUGGAGUGGGAGACCAUCUGGGUACUGGGCUGAGGAAAACUGUGGCCAAGAUAGAGAAGCUCUUCCUGAAAUGGCGAGUUAGUCCCACCAUCGUGCGUGUGAUCUCAGCUGUCCUGUCCAUCCUGUUGGGUUGCGUGCUCUUUGUUGCGCUGCCAAUCUUCAUUUUUCAAGAGGUGGAGGAGUGGACCCUGCUGGAAUCAGCCUACUUCGUGGUUAUCACCUUGACCACAGUGGGGUUUGGAGACUAUGUUGCAGGGGAUUCAGGAAAGGAAGGCAGCGACCACUGGUACAAACCCUUGGUGUGGUUCUGGAUCUUGUUGGGGCUUGCAUACUUUGCAUCUAUCCUCACAAUGAUUGGUAACUGGCUCCGGGUUCUUUCAAAGAAGACCAGGGCUGAGAUGGAGGAGUUGCGAGCCCACGCCACUGACUGGACUCAGAACAUCCAAAAUAUGUCGGUGGACUUUCGCAUGCCAGGAAAAAUCGAUGACCCCUUUAAACGGCGUAGGAGAAAGCGCCGCCACGGCCCUCGAAGCCAUGGUCACAGUGUAUCAGCUAACGGGGUGCCUGAGGGGCAAGAAGAGCAGCGUGAGAGUCAGGAAGAGUCUGGGUCAUAUUCGUCUUCAUCAUCGUCCUCCUCUAAUGAGUCAGGGUCUGGAUCGGAGACAGAUUCUCAGGCCACUCAGACGGAGCGAGUCCCAGAAGAAAAGCCUGCAGAACCCAAACAGGAGGAGGCUCCUCCUGACCCCCACCUGUCCCAGCCUCUGGACUACUUUGGUGAAAACCUUGCAUUUAUUGACGAGUCCUCGGAUACUCAGAGCGGCAAACUACAUUUGGAUCCUCUGCUAAAUCCAACAAAGCCCAAUCCCCGUCAGCCAAAAAGGAGACGCCACAGAAGGCCAGUUCCUCAGAGGAACCACAAAAACAACAGCCCCAACAGCACUAACAAGAAGGAACCCAAUAGAAACCCCAGAUCCGUUCCAGAUUUGCCACCCAAGCCUUGUGAAUGAUAGCAAAUGUAUUGAGUCUCGUUUGACAGAGGAGUUUUAAUUGUAGAAUAUAUAGUGCCUGCAUACAGACAUUCAAGAUAAAAACAAGAUGUCGAAGCCUUAGCCACGUGUGGUUUUGCAUUUAAUGUUCUUAGCAUGUGAGUGUUUAUGCCUCCCUUAAAGGUGAUGAAGAGAUUUUCAUGCCAGUGUUCCCUUUACUUGCUGAGGAGUUACUGCUCUCUAGUGGGCCAGGACUGAAGUGCAGUACGACUCUGUGAACAAUCUUUAUAGUAGUCACGAUAAACUUUAUACACCAGUGUGCUGAAGAGAGGCUUCUCUGAUCUGUGACAGUAACUACUGAAUCCCUCCAACAAAUAAACAGGUACUCGAGAUCCUCUUGUACAUUUUUGGUAUGUAUUGAAAUCUUUUUUAAAUCCUGUAAACUGCAUUAUAUUUAGAUUUUCAUGGCCAAAUGCAUUGAAUUCUAUUGCACUACAUACAUCU